UUUGACGCAAUAUGGAUUGUCUUGUUGAAAAUAUAGUUAGAUGGAUGAUGAUCCGUUAUUUUUCAUGAUGAGACGCGACUAUAGUUGUUCUAACCAUCAAUAGUUAUUACUAGUCAACUCUUAUUGAAUGAUUAUUUGAUUGGACUAUAAUUAUGGCACGUCGAGGUGUGUGGGAACUCGAAAAGAUAACCUUGUACUAUUGUCUCCAGGGUGGAAGUAGUCAAGGUACUCGAGGUUUUGUAGAAGAAAGGCUAGCGUCUUUUGCAAAGGAAAACCCACAAAUACAAUUUGAAACUGUAAUAGAAGAAGGACACCCUGAAGCGGUUGGUUUAUAUCGUAACGGUUAUAAGCGUACUCUAAGUUUACGUAACUUGGAGCCUAUAGAAGUUCACGACCAUUUACUAUAUUUGCGAAAUACUUGGGGAGAACCAGAGCAGAAACAUAGUAAGAUUUCUUAUGGAGUUAUUAGUAACACGCCCUCCGUACAGGGUUAUUGGCGAACAGAACCGGAUUUGGAAGCCCCAUCUUCUGUCCGUCGUAGUUAUUUGGGACAAAUACCUCCCAAUGUACCUCCACAGUUUCGAUCCUUUGCACAACUACAAAGAGAAUUAGGCCUAGCAGGCGUUACAGAGCUCUUACAAAACCUCGGAUGUAGUAAAUGGGUGGUAUCGGGAAUGACUGGUGUGAAAGUCAAAAGUAGGAAGAAGAGAGACUAAUUUUUUACAGAAGAUAGGCCACCAUCUAUAGGAAAUACUUGACCAGUGAUCCAAUCAUUAUCAGGAUGUAAUAAAAAAGCCGCUAAUCGAGCUACUUGUAAAGGAUUUCCUAUUUUUCCCAAGGGAUGCAUAGCAGUCGAAGUCUUGAGAGCGUUACUAUUACUUGUUAGAAAAUGAGCAAGUGGAGUAUCCACUAGUCCUGGAGCGAUACAAUUCACUCGAAUAUUUUUGGAUGCAAAAGUAGCAGCACUAGACUGGGCCAGUCCUACUAUACCAGCUUUAGCUGCAGCUAU